UAAAACAAAAGAAGGAAGAAGACAUAGUCUUUUGUAUUAUAAAAUGGACACAAACCAAAGAAGCUGUUAUGUAUUGUGAUUCACAGAUUCCAACAAACGCCGUUUCCUUACAAAAGAGAGAGAGUGUGUUUCUGUCUGAAAGGUUCUGUAACGUUUGCAGCAGCUUUCAUAACAGACAUGAUUUCAAAAGCAGCUUAUAUUGUCUCUCAUAAAGCUUAAUCAUUCAUCAUUCAAUUGUGAAACCAGUACAUGAUGAUGAUGUUAAGUACUAUAUAGUAAUAGUAAUGAUGAGUUAUAUUUGAUCAAAGUGGUGAAAAAGUGAAAAGGUUUUUGACUUGCAAUGAUGAUGAAUAAUGGUGAAGAAGAUGAACUCUAUGAACAGUUAUGGAAGGCUUGUGCUGGUCCUCAUGUUGAAGUUCCUCGUGCUGGACAAAGAGUUUUCUAUUUUCCUCAAGGACACAUGGAACAAUUAGAAGUAUCAACAAAUCAGGAACUAAAUCAGAGGAUUCCAUUGUUCAAACUUCCCAACAAGAUCCUUUGUCGUGUUGUCAAUGUUCAUUUACUGGCUGAACAAGAAACAGAUGAGGUUUAUGCGCAGAUAACUCUGGUACCAGAAUCUAAUCAAACUGAGCCUACAAGCCUUGAUCCUUGUCCUGCUGAACCUCCAAGACCAAGAACUCACUCCUUCAGCAAGGUCUUAACUAACUCCGAUACAAGUACUCAUGGUGGCUUUUCUGUUCUUCGGAAGCAUGCCACAGAAUGCCUUCCAUCACUGGAUAUGUCCCAGUCUACUCCAACUCAGGAAUUGGUUGCUAAGGAUCUUCAUAAUUACGAAUGGCACUUUAAGCAUAUAUUUCGAGGUCAACCACGUCGACACUUGCUCACAACUGGAUGGAGUACUUUUGUGACUUCCAAGAGAUUAGUUGCUGGAGAUACGUUUGUGUUUCUGAGAGGGCACAAUGGAGAAUUACGCGUUGGCGUGAGGCAUCUUGCUUCUCCACAAAGCUGCAUGCCUUCAUCUGUGAUUUCUGGUCAGAGCAUGCACCUUGGAGUCCUUGCAACUGCAUCUCAUGCUGUUGCAACUCAAACUCUUUUUGUAGUAUACUACAAGCCCAGGAUGAGCCAGUUCAUUAUAAGUGUGAAUAAGUAUAUGGAAGCUAUCAACCAAAAAUUUAGUGUUGGCAUGAGGUUUAAGAUGAGUUUUGAUGGGGAUGAUUCUCCUGAGACUGACAAAAGAUUUUCUGGCACAAUAAUUGGACAAGAGGAUAUUUCUUCACACUGGUUGAAUUCAAAAUGGAGAUCACUCAAGGUUCAAUGGGAUGACCCUGCAUCGAUUCCAAGACCUGAUAGAAUUUCACCAUGGGAGAUAGAACCCCUUAUGGCUUCUGUUCCUACAUCUAUUCAACCUGCUGUUGCAAAAUAUAAAAGGCCUCGGCUACCUAGUGAAGUUCCAGAUUUUGGAGACACAACAGUAGGUGACUCUACUUACUGGGAAGCUGGGCUGGCACAAUCAGACAUAACACAAGUUAAUAAUGUUUUGUCUGAAAACAUAAGGAGCGACGGUAUGCAUUUUUGGCAUCAUAAGCAAACUGAUAAUAGCAGCAGCAAUGGUAUAUCAAGGAAUCCGACUGACGGAAGUUGGCUAUCUUCUCCUCAUUCAAGUGGUCCUUCUCAUUUGUGUCAAGACGCGAUUGACGAUAGCAAGAGUGUCGCAGUCUCAGCUUGGCCUAUUUCAAAAACUCACUCAGAAAUAUUGAACAACAAUGAUCAUAUGAUUGACCAAGUUGUCAAGGAUAACAAAAAAGAGGCUGCUACAAGCUGUAGAUUAUUCGGGAUUGAUCUUAAUGAUCCUCGCACGAACACUCAUAAGGUAUCUGAGUAUUCAGCAAAUGCAUUUGGAGUCACCUCUGAGGGAUGCGUUGCCACUCCGAUAUCAAGAACUGAUGCAGACCAAAAUAAGUUUGAUAUCUCAAAGGCUUCAAAAGAAAGGAAACAAGAACAGCUACCAAUAUCUCCAAACGAAACACAAAGCAAGCAAACCAAUAGCAGAAGUUGCACUAAGGUUCAAAUGCAGGGUGUUGCAGUGGGUCGUGCGGUGGACUUGACCGCGUUGGAUGGUUAUGAUCAACUUAUUGAUGAAUUGGAGAAGCUGUUUGACAUAAAGGGACAGAUCCAGCCUAGGAAUAAGUGGGAAAUUGUCUUCACUGAUGAUGAAGGAGAUAUGAUGCUUGUUGGUGAUGAUCCAUGGCCGGAAUUCUGCAAUAUGGUGAGAAGAAUUUUCAUUUGUUCCAGCCAAGAUGUGCACAAAAUGAGCUCAGGGACCAAAUCACCUAUCUCAUCACUAGAAGAAACUGUAAUAAGCUCAGACACAGCUGAGAUAUGAAACAAUUACUGUCUUUUUCAUUAUUGUUAGUGUCUUUAAUGUUGUUAUUGCUUGUUUGAGUUAAUGAAGCUAGUCCAUUUUGGCUAGACAAGUUUCAUGUUGUUUGUUAGAUGUGAAACAUUGACUAAUUGUAGCUCCAUCUAGAGACUCCAAAGUUUGAAAAAAAAAUGUUUUAAUAAAUUAAGUAGGUGAGAGAGGGAAAUAUUGAGAUAGUGGAUAUGUGAACACAUUUGUGUUGAUGCAUGUGUGAAUAAUAAAGGUUAGUGUGGUAGUCUUGAGAAUUUAAUGCACAUUGCCAUUUGUGAA